AUCUCGGUCAAAAGAUUACCAAGCCGAACGUUUCGUUAGACGGCGGGAAAGUGUUUUAAUCUUUUUCGAAGUUCAACUUAAGUGACAUUUUAAUACCAAAAGAUUACAUGUCAAAACUUAUAAAAAAUUUUAUUUUUAAAUUAAUUUCUUUUAAACUAAACAGUCUAAAAAAAGGAGAUUUUACGUUAGUGUUUUACGCAACGUUUACAUGAAUGAAACUUGUGCAUUGUUAAAUAAACGUCAAAAGCGAAAGAAAAAGAAAUAGAAAAAGAAAAAGAAAUAAACUUUAUACUUUGUGUUUAAAGAUUAUGUUUUGCUUUCCAAUUAGUCCUCAAAAAAGACUUCGAUCAAAUCCGUUUGCUUCGUUUGUCAUCCAUGCAGAGUUUCCUAGUAAUCCAAACCAAUAUUUACCUAAUAUUUCAGAGCAUAAGAUACAAAAUGAACCAGACAGUUUAAUUGAUGAUCCUUCCAGUAUAUUUUUUGAUCCAAACGAAAAACCUGGUUUUGUAUAUACAUCAACGGCCUCCUAUACUAAUAAUUUUGAUUAUAAACAAUAUAUACCAGGGCCUGAAAAUACCAAUACGAUUGAUGAAAAACGUCUUAGUAAAGUUGCAGAUAAAUCUCUCCAAGAAAAUUCUGUUUCUUCAGAGUACGAUGAUAGCUUAGAUACGACCCAGUCUCUUCCUAACACACCUUCAGUUAAAAGUGAAACUGGAAUCUUCCAAAAACAGUUUUCUAACAGAAAUAAUGUAUUAUGUGCCGAAAACCUAGAAUCUGAUAGAAUUUAUUGUAAUUCUUUUGAAGAAGACUUUACAGAAGCAAUUGAGUUUCAUUCUGCGUUAAAAGGUAUUGAUCACCGCAACUCGAUACCUGACCCAUCUUUAGUUGAUGACUACAGUGAGUUACAUUUAUACGAAGAUGAGUUGUUAUAUAAUUGCGAUUUUAGAAAUAAAGGUUACAACUCUGAAUCAGAGAGUGUAAAGACGUAUCAAGAUUCAGGAAUAUAUGAUGAUGAUGUUUUCUUAGAAUCUCCAAAACCAAUGACCAGCGAAGAACUUGAAAGUGUAACAGAGCAACUUUUUGCUAGAGAGAAUGGAUUAAACGAAAAUAAAAAAAGAGGAAUGGAUCUGGAAAGAUUUUCAGCCUUCAAAACUCCUAACAGCUCUAGACACAAUAGUCUGGAACUGAUAGUAACACCGCAAUCUCCAAAAAUGCCUUCAUUCAAAAAGCCUGCCGAAAUGAACUCUGGAAAAAGAAGCAGUAACAAGUAUAGCCACAUACAAGCAAAAGUUCAGUGUCACAGACGAGAAGAAAGGUCAGUAUCCCCUGGUAUCCCAUUAAGAAAAAAAUCGCCUACUCAAGCUAAGCCACCUUCAAUAAAAACUGCUUUAUGCAAACCUACUCAAAAACCUCCAAAAUUGAACGAGAUCAAGCCAAAGGUUGAUUCCUUAAGCAAUAUAAAUUACGUGCCAGGUGGUGGUGAAUCGAAGGUGUUUACAGAAAGGUUAACAUUCCGUCAAAAGGCUGAACCCCGUACUGAUACUCAUGGUAUCGAAAUGUAUGCUCAUUUACCAGAGGAAUUUCAAGAAAUUGCAAGAAGGUUAGCGCGUCAAGAUUCUCAAUUAAAAAAGCAAAACCGCGGGCGAUCUGCAUCUCGUAGUCAUAGCUCAUCUUUUGCAGUUUCAAGUAGACAAUCGAGUAUUUCACCUGAAAGAGGCCGAUCACGAACUAGACGUACAAGUCGUAAAUUAACGCCAGGAAAUUCUAUAUCUGAUAUCUUUGCAAAAGUUAAUUCUAAUAAGCAACUUGGUAGUCCUGUCAAACCAACACGGCCUUCUUUAAGUCGUUCGUCUAGCAUUAGAUCAAUACCAAAUACCCCAAAUCUUUACAAACAACAUCCAGCAAGUGCAAUACGGUCUGAAAAAUCUCCAACUGCAUCUCCGGCCAGAAGUCCAGGAAGAACAACCGAAAGUAAAACAUUGUUACUUAAUUAUAACGAACAAUUAAACACACUAAAAAACCGUAACAAGGUGUCAACAGUCGCAAAAGCAGAUCGAAUGCCUUCUCCAGUUAUGAAGCUUUAUCAGUUUACAACACAAAAUGAUUCAUUCGGCUCGUUAAUAAGCAAUUAAUUAAAAUUAAAGAUGCAUCAGAACAAGAAUGAGUUAAGUAACUUUGACACAAUUCCCUAUAGGAUUUUUCAGAACUUAGAACUAGAAAAAAAUGGCCUGCUAGACCAGCCAUCAAGUUAAAACAAAUGGAUUAGUUUUUUAAUGAAAUUUAUUUUUAAAUCAAUUUUCUUUUUAACCAUUUUGUUAAAACUUUUGUCAUAAUUUUAAUGUAAUGUUGUUUCAAUCUUUAUUAUAAUGUUGGUCAA